UCAAAAAUUAAUCAACGAACCAACCAACAACAACAUUGAAUUGCAGAAUGGCAGCGCAGUUAGCGUGUAUAGAUUUUCCUCCUUAUGUUAUACGGUGUCUUGAUGAGGUGCGAUUUGUUGUUGCUGGUGGUGGUGGUCAAGCAAGAACUGGCGUUCCAAAUGGAAUAGAAAUUUUUGAGUUGAAGAGGCCAGGACCUAAAGUUGUUGCUGAAAGUUUGUUUUCACAUAACACAGAUGUAGGAGAUGAUCGAAGUGCAAUAAUCAAUGCUGCCAUUAGGGUUGAUGAUGAUCAUGGCUACAUCAUGGCAUGUGGUAUGGAUGAGAAAUGUCAAAUUUAUGCACUCAAGAAAACAGUUAAGGUAGAAGAAGAAGUUCAGAAAGAACCCUCAGAAAAGAAAGGAGGAAGGAGAAGAAAAAAAGCGGGAAAAAAAUCAGACGAAAAAACUGCAAAACCAGAGAAAGUAACGGAAACUGAGAAAACUGAGAAAGAAGAGGAAAAAGUGACGUAUGAAAUAAACCGUUUAACAUCGGUAGUUUCUGUUACCGGUGAGGGAGACCAGUACCAAAAAGCUGUAUGCUUUGAUCCUCACGGUAUGUUUGUAAUAACCGCCGGUACAGAUGGCAAGAUCAGGAUUUGGACGUACCCACAUAUGGUAAAGAAAGCUGAAAUAGAUGCUCACGAUAAAGAAAUAGACGAGAUAAUGCUUAGUCCAUUUGGUAAUCGGCUAAUAUCAAUAUCAAAGGACUGCACUGCGAAAGUGUGGAAACCUAAGACGUCGGAGCUAGUUAAUGAGUUAUUUUGGGAUGUUAAAGUACCAGAAAAGUCAUACAGGUUCAGAUCAUGCAGAUUUGGCUUGGUAGCAGGCAAGACAACAGAGUGCACUAUGUUUACCAUCCAUGUGCCACACGUGCAAUCCCGUAAAGCCCAGCCCAGCUACAUCACCAAGUGGGACACCACCAAGUUCAUUCCAGAGAAAUCUAUUUGUACUGGACAAGACAUUUUAUCUUCCCUUGCUGUCAGUCAUGGUGGCCAUUAUGUUGGUGUUGGAACGAUGACAGGAUCAAUUGCUAUCUAUAUUGCAUUUAGUUUAAAGAAACUGCAUGUUGUUAAUAAUGUACACAGUAUAUUUGUAACUGGUCUCUCAUUCGUUCCAAUAACAAAGAAGACACGGAAAAUUUUAGGAGAAUUAGAUGCUGCUCUAUUGAGUGUAUGCCCAGACAAAUCAUUGAAGAUUACACCAGUAUUUAGCCCAGUUGAGUAUCCUGUGGCACUGAUGUUCUUUGGGGCAGCUGCUAUCAUUGUUAUUAUAUUCUUUGUUCUUGCUCACAUGGGAUUCAACAUUUAAGCAACCAAUCACAACUCUUGUUACAAAGUAAUUUUUUUAAAUUUCACUCACGUUGAUCAGUAUUAUGUCUGGAGGAAAGGAUGAGAGAUAAAAUUUUCCUGAAAUAAAAAAGAAUCUGAUUUUGCAAGAGAAUAAUUAAGUUAUUGUUAAGUGAGUGAAGAACGUUUUCAUAGUUAAUGAUGGGAGUGUUGACCAACUGUGUAUUUGUACUUUACACCAAAGAUUGUGCCACCAUAACAAAAUUUGAUUUUUCCAAUAUCCCAUUGGUGGUGGAAGUUAGAGAUACUAGGCCAUGUACACAAGGAAUUCUGCUUGCCACAAAGCUUUAAAUUCAAAUAUUUAAAUAUGGCCUCUAAUGUUCUUGUGGUUCUAUGGCUGACAAUAGGGAGCUUUCUGUUGCAUGACUAAGGUAGGAUCAUUGAGGUAUUAUUGAGAAGGAGAUCACUCGGCAAAGCCACGCGCACGCAGCGCUAUGCAAAUAAACCAACAUCAAAGUUGCCACAGCGCGUAAAGAACGUUUGCGCGAUGCCUUUGAAGUCCCAUGUGUUCCCCGCCAUCAAAUUUUCAGCAGGCAUAGUUUACCAAAAAAUUGAACAUGACGAAAUGGAGAGCACCUUCU